AUGGGUAGAUUGGUGCAGCUCGUGCACGGUGCAUGGGAGAAAGCUCAUAACGGUGAUUGGAGAUUCGUUGUUGUUGAUGAGGGUCGAAGAUUGGCUAUGAUUGUUGGCGAGAACGAGAAGUAUUAUGGCCUUGUUGGGAUGGUUGGAUCAAAGCCUGGAACGGCUAUUGGUCUGGCGUGUCAAUUCCCGGAGUGGAUGCUGGGUCUUGAUGGUAGGCGGACACUUCCGGUCGAUAUCAAGGAGGACGGCGAUGUGGAGCUGUUUCUGGCGAUUCAGGUGGAAUAUCCGCAGGUGAUGCUCUGUGUUACCAUCAGUCCUUGUCGUCCGCGGUCAUCUUCUUCGUCAUUGUCAUCUCUUUCUAACUCCGAAGACAGUGUCAUAUUGUUGACUUGUACAACCUCUAUGAGCGUUGGGACGGCUUCAACUAUUACCAAUUAG